UUAUUUGCUCAAAAAAUGCCUUCAUUCUUUCAAUUACUGGCCAACAGCGGGAUCAGUCCUCUAGUACCCCCACACUCAACAACUUUUGCUUCCCAAAAAUUAAACUCUACUGAAGGGGGUUGUUCUGACGACGAAGAAGAGAAACACAAACUUGUGAAUACCUGGACUAGACGAAAAUGUAUUUGGAGGUGGAGGAGGAGGGUAGGGAAUUGUACAAAGGUGGAAGCAUGUUUCAGACUGGUUUCUUGUUUUUGCUUCACAAUUUUGCUAGUCAUAUCUUUUCUUUAUUCAAUCGGGUGGAGUUGGACUAUUGCUGAUCUCACAUUUGCUGAUGUUCCUGCUAGUCGUUCAAAUAUUAGAAUAGUGGAAAUUGAAAGGCUUUGUUCUCAAAAUACAAACAAAACAGCCACCAAAGAUUGUUGCACAGUUGUUGACAUUCUGGACUAUACGAGGUGUUUUAUUGUUUUUACUCUAACUUUCCGGAAAACACUUGAUGUUGGGGAAAAUGUUUUGUGUUUUCCCUGUUGUUUUUAUUUAAGAAAAACGAAUUUUCCGGAAAACAUUUGUUUUGUUAAAAUGUUUAAUGUUUUCCGGAAUUUUUAA